AUGAAAAUUAUAAAUUUUAAGUCUAUAUUAGUAUUCCUUAUUCUGCUAUUUGCACUAUUUUUUGUGCUUUAAGAUUAUCAUUUUCAAUUUUUGGGCAAUAAAGACACUUAAUUGGUAGAUUUUGGUGUUCAAGAUGAUUGGAGUAUUAUUUUUGAGGAUGAGUUUGAAGGCACGCAAGUUGAUGAAAGUAAAUGGACAAAAAGAUACAGAACUCAUGGUGAUACUGAACAAUAGCUUUACAUUGAAGAUGAUAUUUACACUGAAAAUGGAAAUUUAGUGAUUAGAACAAGAUAUAACCCUACUGUUUACAAUCUUACAGGAAAAUUGUAUAACUUUACUUCAGGUUGGUUGGAUAGCUCUUAAAAAUUUAAUUUUUCAGAAGGAAGACUAGAAGCAAGAGUAAAAUUACCAAAAACAAAAGUAAACGAUCCCAUCUGGCCAGCUUUAUGGACUAUAGGAGAUGGAGUUAGCUGGUUAAGAGGAGGAGAAAUUGAUAUCUUUGAAAUGAAUAGCAAUUGGAAUGGUGAUAAGCUACCACAUUUAUAUGGUACAUAUCAUUGGGGUAAUAACGCAAGUGAUAAUCAUUGUCAUGGAUGUGGAACACUCUAUCCAAAUAAAAUAAAUUUAAAUGACUAUCAUAUCUUUAGAUUUGAUUGGAAUGCUACAUAGUUUGAUUGGUACAUUGAUAAUAUUCACUAUAAAACUAAUAAGCAAGGUGUUCAAUACCCUAAAACAGAUGCCCCUAUAACUCUUCCAACUUAUCCAUAAUUUAUAAUUAUCAACACAGCAAUAGACAACUUUAUUAAAGCGAAAUAAGCUGACUAUCCUAAAUAUAUGUAUAUCGAUUACAUCAGAGUUUAUUAAAAGAAUUCUUAAAACAUAUAAAAUUGA